UUUAAUAAUGAAUAAAAUGAUAAUUGAUCCAGCAAAAUCAAUUCCUGCAUUUUACGCUGGACAAAGUAUACUUUUGACAGGUCCAACAGGAUUUCUGGGUAAAGUGUUUAUCGAAAAGAUAUUACGAUCUUGUCCAGAUGUUCAUGAAAUAUUUCUAUUAAUGCGUUCGAAAACAGGAUCAAAUAUUAACGAAAGGCUCGAGAAAAUAUUAAACUUACCGUUAUUUGAAAAAUUACGCAAAGAGCGACCUUCGAAUUUUGAGAAAUUAAUUCCAAUUUCUGGUAAUGUCAGUGAGAAAGGAUUGGGUUUGUCGGCUACGGACAGGCAAAUGCUGGUUGAAAGAGUGACCAUAAUAAUUCAUGCAGCCGCGAGUGUGAAAUUCAAUAACAGUUUAAAGUGCGCCAUAUUUGCCAAUACCAGAGCAACAAGAGACAUCUGUAUUUUAGCACAAAGUAUGAAGAAUUUAAUCGCAUUAGUAUACGUUAGUACAGCAUUUGCACAUGUGAAUGAACCAUUCAUAGAUGAAAAAAUAUACUUGCCAAUAGCUGAUUGGCAAAAGAUAAUUGAAAUAGUCGAAACUUUGGAUGAGCAUACUUUAAACAUUUUUACUGCUAAGUGUUUGGACUAUGCACCCAAUACGUAUAUUUUUUCAAAAAACUUAGCGGAAAAGAUAAUACAAGAUUAUUCUUCUUCCUUCCCUUGUGCGAUUGUAAGACCUUCCAUUGUAAUACCAACAUUCCAAGAACCUAUCCCAGGAUGGUUAGAUAACGUUUAUGGUCCAAUAGGACUUUUUGUUGGCGGCGGAAAAGGGCUACUACGAGUAGCAUGUUUGAAUAAAACUGUUAAUGAAGAUGUAGUACCAGUAGACAUUGUCAUCAAGGCUAUAAUAGUCGUAACUUGGAAGGUAGGAUUAACUACGUACGAUCACAGCAUUACAGAUUCCUUUACAUUACAGACACCUUUAGUUGUAAAUUGCACAAGUCAAAAAUACAUAACAUAUCAAGAUUGUAUAAAGAUGAUGUUUAAUAUUGUACAUGAGAUACCUUUAGAAGGAACUGUUUGGACACCUCAUACAAUAUUAACCGAUAAUUUUGUUCUAUUCUACAUACUAACAAUAUUAUUGCACAUUCUACCAACUAUAUUAAUAGACCUGAUUUUAAUAUUCGCUGGACGCCGACCUAUGUUAGUACAACUCCAGAGAAGAGUAUAUGUGGCCAAUCGUGCUGUGAGUUACUUUUCAUUCCAUGAAUGGAAAUACAGCAAUGUCAAUAGGUUGACUCUGACAUCUUUAAUACCACAUGACAAUCUUGAUCCGUUUUCUUUUGACUGUUCCAAUCUUGAUAUUAAAACGUAUUGCAAAAAUAGUGCCAUUGGUGCCAAAAAGUUUCUUCUUCACGAAGACAUGAGUCGAUUAGAUGCAGUCAAAGCACAUAAUAAAAGAGUGUAUCUGCUUGUCAGAAUGGUAAAAACUAUUAUUUUUAUUGGAAUACUGUGGAUAAUAUAUAAGUGGAUCUUCUCCGGUACGUUAUAAAAGUACUAACUUAAAUUUAUCCAUACUUAUCAAAUUAUAUUUUAUGAUGAAUAAAUAUAUG